AUGGACUCAAGUUUGGUUGAAGGAGGACUUAAUGUCACCUUAACUAUCAGGUUACUCAUGCAUGGAAAGGAGGUUGGAAGUAUCAUUGGCAAGAAAGGAGAGUCUGUUAAGAAAAUGAGAGAGGAGAGUGGCGCUCGUAUCAACAUCUCUGAGGGAAACUGUCCGGAGAGGAUCAUAACCCUUGCAGGACCCACCACCUCCAUUUUCAAAGCGUUCUCCAUGAUAAUUGAGAAAUUGGAAGAGGACAUCAGUACAUCAAUGACUAACAGUACAGCCACCAGCAAGCCACCGGUCACCAUGCGCCUCGUCGUGCCUGCCAGCCAGUGCGGCUCGCUCAUCGGCAAAGGAGGCUGCAAGAUCAAAGAAAUUAGAGAGUCAGCAGGAGCUCAGGUACAAGUAGCAGGGGACAUGUUGCCCAACUCGACAGAACGUGCCAUCAGUGUUGCAGGGACCCCGCAGUCUAUCAUCGAGUGUGUCAAGCAGAUCUGUGUUGUUAUGCUUGAGUCUCCUCCAAAAGGAGUAACCAUCCCAUAUCGACCCAAACCCUCAGGCUCUCCUGUCAUCUUUGCGGGUGGUCAGGCAUAUGCUGUCCAAGGACAGCACGCCAUUCCUCAGCCUGAUCUCACAAAACUGCACCAGCUGGCCAUGCAGCAGAGCCCCUUCCCUAUUGCGCACAGCAACCAGGGCUUCCAGGCUGGGAUGGACGCCUCUGCGCAAACCGGCUCACAUGAGCUCACCAUUCCAAACGACCUUAUCGGCUGCAUCAUUGGCCGUCAAGGGGCAAAGAUCAAUGAAAUCCGUCAGAUGUCAGGCGCUCAGAUCAAGAUUGCCAAUCCCGUCGAGGGUUCCACUGAUAGACAGGUCACCAUUACUGGCUCCCACGCCAGCAUCAACCUUGCCGAGUACCUGAUCAAUGCUCGGCUGUCCUCUGAAGCCACUGGACUCGCAGCCAACUGA